AUUCAGAGGUCACCCCCACCAAACGGCACAAAGAGAAAACCUCUCUCUCUUCUGUCAUCUCUCUCCCUCCAUGGCUCCUCACUUCGUGUUCCCUCGCACCCUUCAAGACCUCGAAGAAGAAUCACCCGAAGACAACCGUCUCUGCGUCCAAAACCCUAUCGACCUCGCUUCCCUUCGCUCCUCCCAACUCGAAGAGUUCGUCAAAGGCGUCUCCUUCGAUCUCUCCGACAAAGAACUCCUCUGCGUCGAGGACCACGACGUCUUCGAUCGCCUCUACUCCUUGCUCCGCGGCUACUCCUCUCUCCCUAACUCCUCCAAACUCAACCUCCUCGAGAGCCUCCGUUCCAAUCUCGCCGUGCUUCUCCCUAAUGUCGAUUCCCUCUCUAGGGCUUCCGAAGGUGACCUUCCCUUCUUGCUCGAUCGCCUCGCCUCCCAUCGUAAUGCUUUCAAAAUUUACACCUUCUUCCUCCUCAGUAUUGUUCUCGCUGAAGAUUCCAACAACGCCAACGCCAACGCUGCCUCCAAGGUGGUGGCAGCAAGUGCCAGGAAGAAACAGCCUGCAAAAUCAUGGAAUUGGGAGCCACAGAGAGCUCGGAUUCUCAAUCUUAUUGCCAACUCAUUGGAGAUUAACCUUGAAUUACUUUUCGGCUCACCUGACCUUGACGAAGGUUACUUAUCUUUCAUCACAAAAAACACAUUCUCCAUGUUUGAGAACACGGCGCUCUUAAAAGAUUCGGACGCAAAAGACGCCCUCUGCCGCAUAAUCGGAGCAUGCUCUACCAAGUACCAUUACACGGCACAAUCAUGUGCAUCCAUCAUGCACCUAAUUCACAAGUAUGAUUUUGUUGUCACCCACAUGGCAGAUGCAGUUGCUGGAGCCAAGAAGAAGUAUUCAGAUGGGACCCUCGCCACCUCCCUUGUUAGGGAUAUUGGAAGGACCAAUCCAAAAGAUUACGUGAAAGACACGGCCGGUGCUGAAAAUGUGGGGCGUUUUCUGGUGGAGCUUGCUGACCGUCUUCCCAAAUUGAUCUCCACUAACAUCGGCAUUCUCAUUACUCACUUCGGUGGAGAGUCAUAUAAGAUUAGAAACGCUCUUGUUGCGGUGCUGGGGAAGCUUAUAGCCAAGGCCUUUAAGGAUGUUGACUCUGCUGAAGUGAGCUCCAAGUCCAUUCGCUUGCGUACCAAGCAAGCCAUGCUGGAAAUCUUGCUCGAGCGUUGUAGGGAUGUUUCGGCUUACACAAGGAGCCGGGUGCUUCAGGUGUGGGCUGAGCUGUGUGAGGAACACUCUGUAUCGAUUGGUUUGUGGAAUGAGGUUGCAGAAGUUGCUGCUGGGAGGUUGGAGGACAAGAGUGCCAUUGUUAGAAAAUCUGCUUUGAAUUUGUUAAUCAUGAUGCUGCAGCACAACCCGUUUGGCCCGCAGCUUAGAAUAGCUUCAUUUGAAGCAACUUUAGAUCAGUACAAGAAGAAGUUGAAGGAGCUUGAGUCCCCUUCAGAAGGUUCUGAUUCUGAAAAUCUUAAUGGUAAUGGUGAAGUUGAGGAUUUGGGUAUUGAAACUGUUACGAAGGUGCAGCAAGAGAGCAUGACUGAUACUUGCAUGUCCCAGGCGGAUGAUGCUGUCCCUUUGGAAAACAGUAGUAGUGUGCCGGAUGUUGGGAACUUGGAGCAGACUAGGGCCUUGGUUGCAUCGCUUGAGGCUGGAUCAAGGUUCUCUAAAUGCAUAGGGGCCACAAUGCCGACACUUGUCCAGCUGAUGGCUUCAUCUUCUGCUACCGACGUUGAAAACACAAUUCUCCUGUUGAUGAGGUGCAAACAGUUCCAAAUUGAUGGCUCGGAGGAAUGUCUCCGAAAGAUGUUACCACUGGUGUUCUCCCAGGAUAAAUCCAUCUACGAAGCAGUGGAGAAUGCUUUCCAUACAAUAUACAUCCGGAAAAACCCGGUGGAAACUGCCAAGAAUCUCUUGAGUCUUGCCACUGAUUCCAAUAUCGGAGAUCUAGCAGCUCUUGAGUUUAUAGUUGGCGCUCUGGUCUCUAAGGGUGAUAUAUCUUCCAGCACAAUAUCAGCAUUAUGGGAUUUCUUUUGCUUCAAUGUUGGUGGAACCACUGCAGAACAAAGCCGUGGUGCUCUAUCUGUCCUUUGCAUGGUCGCAAAGAAAUCUAGUGGUGCGCUUGGUUCACAUUUACAGGACAUCAUUGAUAUUGGGUUUGGUCGUUGGUCUAAAGUUGAUCCUUUGCUAGCAAGGACAGCUUGUAUUGCGAUCGAAAGACUGUCUGAAGAUGACAAGAAAAAGUUGUUAACAAAUAAUAAUGUCCGAAUAUUUGGUAUUUUGGAAAGUAUAAUCACUGGUUUCUGGCUUCCAGCGAAUAUUUGGUACGCUGCUGCUGACAAAGCAAUAACUGCCUUAUAUGCCAUUCACCCUACCCCGGAAACCAUAGCUGCUGACUUGAUAAAGAAAUUUCUCAAUUCAGUCUUUAAUGAUGGGGGUGGUAGUGACAUUGACACUAGUGGCAGCAUGCCUAUCACAGUUCAAGGGGAAAAACUAAGCAGAUUUUUAUUUGUGAUAAGUCAUAUUGCCAUGAAUCAACUGGUAUAUAUAGAAUCCUGUGCCCGUAAAAUUCAGAAGCAGAAACUUAGGAAAGAGGAAAAGGACAUUCAGAGUCAGACUGCCGACAGUAACGACAAAGAAUCAAAUGGUACACAGAAGGGUAACGAUAUAAAUGCUGAGUUAGGAUUUGCUGCCUCUGAGGAUGCAGCACUUGAUGCUUUGUUUGAAAAGGCAGAAAAAGAAAUAGUUUCUGGUGGUUCAAAUGAAAAGAAUUUGGUUGGUAUCAGUGCAACCUUUUUGUCAAAGCUUUGUAGAAAUUAUGGACUACUCCAGAAGUAUCCAGAAUUACAGGCAUCUGCAAUGCUUGCGUUGUGUCGAUUGAUGAUUAUUGAUGCAGAUUUUUGUGAUGCAAACCUCCAACUCCAAUUCACAGUUGUGGAAAAUGCAAAUUCAGAAACUGUGCGUUCUAAUUGCACUAUUGCACUCGGAGAUUUAGCCGUUAGAUUUCCCAAUCUUUUAGAACCAUGGACAGAAAACAUGUAUGCCCGGCUAGGAGAUCCUUGUAUAUCUGUGAGGAAGAAUGCUGUUCUGGUGCUUUCACAUCUCAUACUAAAUGAUAUGAUGAAGGUGAAAGGGUACAUUAAUGAAAUGGCUGUAAGAUUAGAAGAUGAAGAUGAAAGAAUUUCAAAUCUGGCUAAGUUAUUUUUUAUCGAACUUUCCAAGAAAGGAAACAAUCCAAUAUAUAAUUUGCUUCCAGAUAUACUUAGCAAAUUAUCCAAGCAGAAUCUGAGCAAUGAUUCUUUUUGCAACAUCAUGCAAUUUUUAAUUGCUUCAAUAAAGAAGGACAGACAAAUGGAAGCUCUGGUCGAAAAGCUAUGUAAUAGGUUUAGUGGUGCUACAGAUGUCCGACAAUGGCAACAUAUAUCUUAUUGUCUCUCCCAGCUAUCUUUUACUGAAAAAGGAAUGAAAAAGCUCAUAGAGUUAUUUAAGACAUAUGAACAUGUGUUGUCAGAGGAUUCUGUUAUGGAUCACUUCAGGAACAUAGUAAACAAGGGAAAGAAGUUUGCAAAACUUGAAAUGAAGUCUUGCAUCGAGGAGUUUGAGGAUAAGUUGAAUAAGUUCCACAUGGAAAAAAAGGAGCAGGAAGUUACUGCUCGAAAUGCCCAAAUCCAUCAACAGAAGAUUGACAGCAGGGGAGGUUUUAAUGUGGCUACAAAUUCUGAAGAUCACUCGGAAUCUAAUACUGUUUCAGAUGAAACAGACAGUGAAGUAAUUGAUGGAUGCGCUGAUGAGACAGAUACUUUGUCUUUAAAUGGUAAAUCACAAUCUAAGCAUGUACCGGAAGCAUCUUCUGGUGCUUCGAGUGAGUUGAUUGAGCCAGAUCAAGUGGAUAUUGAAGUCCAAUCACCAAUAACUAAGAUGAGAGGAACUCAACGGUCCAGAGCUAAGAAAAGCAAUGUGAAAGAUGGAAAGGGUGAUAUCUCUGUCUCCAAAAGAAGAGCUAUUGGGUCAAGGAGGUAGAUAGGUAAAACAUGUAUCGAUGAGAAGAUAGAGUCGUCAGUUUGAUAUUUUAUCGUAUUGUAAAUGGAAUCUGGAAUGCACUGAACAGAUACGCCAUGUUUGACAGUGGAGCACUUGGAAUUUCAAUUAGAAAUGAGUGACCUUUUGACUUUGUAACCCCCUUUUUUUUUUUUUUUUUUUCUGUUGUCCCUUUAUAAGAUUGAGAAUCAAUGUACAAGUAUUUAAAUUUUACUUAUAACAAAACUGAGGUCUGAGGCUUCCGGAGACCCUCCUAUAUGCAUCUAUUGAUGUGUGUGACUUGUAUUGUCAAGGUUAAUUGGAAUGAAUAGGCUCAUUAAACACACAAGAU